AUGGCUCCUCGGGUGUGGCACAUAAGCGGCGCCAACACAGGCUUGGGCCGAGAGCUGGCCCUCAAGGCGCUCAAAGGAGGCGACAAUGACCAAGGCACCAUCGUCAACCUCUCGUCCAUCGGCGCGCUGCACGGCUACCCCUCCAACGGGGUGUACUGCGCGACUAAGGUCGCGCUAGAGGGCAUCACGCAGGCGUUUGCGGCGAGGAUGUGGGAGUAUGUGGCGGGCGAGGGGCUGUUCAAGGGGAAGCAGAGGUGGCUGAGGCUACCGUUGGGAAGCGACACGGGCAAGCAGAUGAGGGCGUUGAGUGACGAGUUGGCUGAGAUGGUGAAGGAUUAUGAGGAAAUCUGGUGCAGCACGGAUUUCCAGGAGUGA